AUGUCCCUGAACACGACAAUCGCGAUAGUCUUUGUCCUCCGCGCCGAUGCGCUGCUGGCCUCCGUGGGCCUCGCGCUUCUGGGCAGCGAGGCACUGCUGUUUGGGCUUUACGGCUCUGCUGUGGCCAACGAUGCCACGGAGAGGGCCUUGCUUGUUGCUGGCGCUGGGGCAACCGUUGUGGGAGCAGCCAUCGUGGGUGGCCUCCACGAGUCCUUGAGUGGCAUGACUGCUUUCCCCGGACAGGACGAGCCAAUGAAUGUCACCGCUUGA